AUGGAUACCAUCUUAGACAAGGCGACUGUAAAGGGAAUUUGGGACUCCAUGAGACAGAAGUACCAAGGAUCCACAAAGGUUAGAAGAGCCCAACUGAAGGCACUCAGAAGGGAAUUUGAGAUUCUGGGAAUGAGAGAAGGGGAGAAGGUGGAUGAAUACUUCGCUCACACACUCACCAUCGCGAACAAGAUGAAGGCACAUGGCGAGAGAAUGGAACAAUUGGUGAUAGUCGAAAAGAUCUUAAGGUCUAUGACUCCUAAAUUUGAUUAUAUGGUGUGUUCGAUAGAGGAGUCUAACAAUCUUACAACCAUGACCAUUGAUGAACUCCAAAGCAGUCUUCUGGUGCAUGAACAACGUAUGAUUGGUCACAGUGGAGAUGAACAUGUACUGAAGGCAACUCUUGAAGAUAAUUUUGCAGCUAGAGGAAGAGGCCGUGGAGGAUUUCGAGGACGGGGAAGAGGCAGAGGCAGACAAGGUUUCAACAAAGCCUUGAUCGAAUGUUGUAAGUGUCAUAAGCUAGGACACUUUCAAGAUGAGUUCCCUAGUUGGGAAAAGCGGGUGAAGUACACUGAACUUGAAGAGGAGGAGGAGUUAUUGCUCAUGGCUUAUGUGGAGGAAAACAAAUCAAGUAGGGAGGAUGUGUGGUUCUUGGACAGUGGUUGUAGCAAUCACAUGUGCGGAAACAAGAGAUGGUUUUCUACAAUUGAUGAAGGUUUUCGGCAUGCAGUGAAGCUAGGCAACAACACAAGGAUGUCAGUGAUGGGAAAUGGCAACAUCAAGCUUCAAGUCCAUGGUUUAACUCAGGUAAUUAGUGAUGUGUAUUACGUUCCUGAGUUAAGAAAUAAUUUGUUGAGCAUAGGUCAGUUGCAAGAGAGAGGAUUGGCUAUCCUCAUUCAAGAUGGAGUGUGUCAAGUUUACCAUCGGAGAAAGGUGUAA